CAAAAACAGCUUGUCGUUUUGGUAUUGUUCCGGGAGACCUUAACUUGCGGAAAUUGGUGACGCCCAUAGCUACAAAGCAAACAGAGCAUAUAAAGGAGCGAUAAAGCACCACCACCACCAACACCACCACUCCCACUUCACCGCUUCACUGCCACCGCUGUCAAACCCACUCGCCAAUCAAAAUCCCUAAUUCCGAUGGCGUCACUGAACAUGCAAUCUUCUUCUCAAAAGUCAUCUUCACUCUUGACGCCGUCGUUCUUAUCCUCUUCAGAUUGUUCAUCACUUUUGUCUUCUAGAGUAUCUAUGGUUUCAAAUGAUUCUCGCCCUAAAACUUUCGCCCUAAACAGCGUUAGAUGUGAUAUGGCUGAACCGAUAAAUGUUGAGAACGUUAGGAAUGCAAAGCCUAAUAUUCCAAUCCUUAAUGAAAGGACUCUUCCCAAGUUUUUGGAAUCUGAGGAGAAUUCUGUUAACAAAAAUAGUAGCAGGCUGAAAUUGUUUUCUGGCUCAGCAAAUCCUGCUCUUUCUCAGGAAAUUGCUUGGUAUAUGGGCCUGGAACUGGGAAAGAUCAACAUAAAACGUUUUGCUGAUGGUGAAAUUUAUGUUCAAUUGCAAGAGAGUGUUAGAGGAUGUGAUGUAUAUUUACUACAGCCCACUUGCCCCCCAGCAAAUGAGAAUCUCACGGAGCUUUUGAUCAUGAUAGAUGCCUGUAGGAGAGCAUCAGCCAAGAAUAUCACUGCUGUGAUUCCCUAUUUUGGAUAUGCCAGAGCUGAUAGAAAGACUCAAGGUCGUGAAUCUAUUGCAGCCAAACUUGUUGCAAACCUUAUUACAGAAGCAGGUGCAAAUCGUGUUCUUGCUUGUGAUAUUCAUUCUGGGCAGUCCAUGGGUUACUUUGAUAUCCCUGUUGACCAUCUGUACUGUCAGCCUGUGAUUCUUGAUUAUCUUGCAAGCAAGACAAUUUCUUCUAAUGAUUUGGUAGUGGUUUCACCUGAUGUUGGUGGAGUUGCAAGAGCUCGUGCUUUUGCUAAAAAAUUAUCUGAUGCCCCUUUAGCUAUUGUGGACAAAAGGCGUCAGGGACACAAUGUUGCUGAGGUGAUGAACCUUAUUGGUGAUGUAAAAGGAAAGGUUGCAGUUAUGGUGGAUGACAUGAUUGACACAGCUGGGACAAUUGCAAAAGGAGCAGCCCUUUUACACCAAGAAGGGGCCAGGGAAGUCUAUGCAUGCUGCACUCAUGCUGUUUUUAGCCCUCCUGCCAUUGAGAGGUUGUCAAGUGGCCUGUUUCAAGAAGUGAUCAUUACAAACACAAUUCCAGUGGCUGAGAAGAACUAUUUCCCUCAGUUGACCAUUCUUUCAGUAGCUAAUCUGUUGGGCGAAACAAUUUGGCGUGUUCAUGAUGAUUGCUCAGUGAGUAGCAUUUUUCAGUGAAUAACUUAAAAAUAUCCAAUGGCAAUACAAUUCAAAUCGACUAAGCCUCAUCCCAAACUAAUCAAAGCUGGUUUCCUCCGUUCAACUCUGUUUAUGGUCAAAUUUCCUAUCCAGCCAUUGCUAGCCAAUAAAGGUGAAUCCUUCUAAUUUUAUUCAUGGGUAUUGCUGCGAAGGUGGCCAAGGCUUAGAAUAUAGGUUCAAAACUAUACUAGGACAGGAAAAUCAAUACAAUGGUUUAAGGGCUGCAACCUCAUUCUUUAUCCCUCCUCCUCCAACAUAGCAUUUUUAUUUUCUUUAAGUAUAGGCCUGAUGAUUAUUCAUCUACUUCUACAUUGCAUGUCAGGAAUUGGUCCUUGGGUUGGCUUGCUCAAUUACUGAUGUUUCAGUUCCUUCUGUGGCAAAAUGUUGUUUUUCUUCUACUUGAACCUCUCAACAAUUUUGUUUUAGUAAAGUUAUUAGUAUGAGGUCA